UUUCUUUUGAAAGUAGAAACCGGAAGUGUUGUGUGUGAUUCUGGUUGUCUUGACGCUGCUCUCAGGCUACACAGACGCACCGGCCAGUGCGGUUCGGGGGCAGAAGUGGCGAGUAAAGAAGGACCGGAGAGCUGCUUUUGGACACCGGACAGGACACCACCUCCUCCCGGUGAACAGCCGGAGCUGAAGACAAGCCCGGAGUCGCUCCUCGGAGAGAGCAGGAGCUUGUUUUUAACCCGGUUUGCACCGCUCUUACACUUACGGUGAGGAAUUCGCCUCGGAGCCCCCGGUUCCCCCCGUUGCGCUUGUUUGGACUGAGGUUACACCAGGGAGCCGUGCACGUCAGAAGACUGAGCUAAUGAGAGAUUAGGGAGCCGUGCACGUCAGCGGAGUGAGCCUGAAGGGUAAGGAGCCGUGCACGUUAAUGGGCUCAGAUCCGCGAGGUACCGGGGACUCGCGCACUUGAGCGGACUGAGGUGAGAAAAGGAGCGGGGAGCCGUGCACGUCAGCCCGGCUCUGCAGCAUCAACACCCGUGUUCUCCCACCGCGCCGAGACGCAGCAGCAUGCAGUGAGAGGAAUCCAUUCAGAUGCGUAACCACAUGAGACAGUGAAGAGUUGGAGGAGAGAGGGGGCGUAUAUGGGAGAUCUGUGGGAUUUGUAUCAUUCCGUCGGUUUCAACUUCUGUCCGGGAUGGGGAAGGAACAGGAGCUGCUGGAAGCCGCCCGGACCGGGAACGUCGCCCUGGUGGAGAAAUUGUUGAGCGGCAAGAAGGGGAUUCUGGGCUCCGGCUCCGGCUCCAUUCCUCUGCCCAAUCUACUGAGCAUGUGGAAGGGCCUGAACGUCAACUGCACAGACAGUUCAGGAUACACACCUCUACACCAUGCCUCACUCAACGGACACAGGGAAGUGGUACUGAAGCUGCUGCAGUUUGAGGCGUCCACCAACGUGGCUGACAGUAAAGGUUGCUUCCCGCUGCAUCUGGCCGCCUGGCGCGGAGACGUCGACAUCGUCCGCAUCCUCAUCCACCACGGACACUCACACUGCCGCGUCAACCAACAGAACCAUGAGAGGGAAACGGCUCUGCACUGUGCGGCCCAGUACGGACACUCAGAGGUGGUGUCAGUGUUGCUCCAGGAGCUGACCGACCCCACCAUGAGGAACAGCCGGCAGGAGACGCCUUUGGACCUGGCAGCGCUGUACGGACGACUGCAGGUGGUGCGUAUGUUGGUGAGCGCCCACCCUAACCUCAUGACCAGCCACACGCGCCAACACACUCCCCUUCACCUGGCCGCACGCAAUGGACACCACACCACCGUGGAGACCCUGCUGGAGGCUGGCAUGGACGUCAACUGUGUGACGGAGAAUGGCAGUGCCCUCCAUGAAGCAGCUCUUUUCGGGAAGAUGGAUGUAGUUCGCCUUCUGCUUGACUCAGGAAUUGAUGCCAACCUGAGGGACAGCCAGGGGAGAACAGCUCUGGACAUCCUGAAAGAACACCCUGCACAGAAAUCCCAGCAAAUCACUGCACUUAUCCAAGAGCACAUGAUGGAGGAGAUGGAGAGCCGGAGUAUAAUGGAGGAGCCUGUCCGCAAGUGUCCUAUCCCUGCUCCUCGAACGUCCGUUCCCUCGCCCUCCGCAUCCCCCUCCCUCAGACACAAGAAUGAUGCAGUCACGGGCGAGCUGUCCAAACUCCUUCACGAGAUAAAGAAGUGCCGGGACAGGGACUAUUCCUUUGAGGAGCUCUGUCAGACCAUCUCCUCCCACUCCAUGGACAGCUUUGGCAGCGGGCGGCUGUCUGAUGAGGAGCGCAGCGAUCGGCCCAACGGCACCCUGACCCGAGUCACCAAGCGGCCCACCCCGCCUCUCGCUCCGGCCCUGGAGGAAGACGAGGGAGAGAAGAGCUGCGGCCCCACUGGAUUCUGGGAGGCCCUCACACCCUGUAAUGGCUGCCACAACCUGGGUUUCACCAGCCUGUCCCAGGAAUCAAAGCGUUCGGCAGAGAUCGUCACCUCUCCAUCCCUGGAUGUUUUCUUGCCGGAGGACGAGGAAAACCCCUAUGAGUCUGUGACCACCGCCGUCACACGCAAACCCUGCUCGCUUGAUAUCAACCACCGGCUCAACGCCUGCCCUCGCAAUGGUCACUCGCCCCAUGUAACGGUGAGUGAGGGGGAGCUCGGUAACCAUGGCAACAGCUCAACGGGCCCCACUCCAGACUGCUCGCCCCCCUCCCCUGAUACGGCCCUGAAGAACAUCGAGAGAGUCAUCCGCCCACAGCCCAAGCAGCGAACCUCCCUGUCAUCGUCCCUGGAUGUCCAGAGGCCGGUCAACCACAGCUGCGAGCCCAGCGAGGUGAGCUCCUCCCUGGGCUACGCCAGCUUCAGCACCAGCCCCCCUGCCAGCCCCCCUCUCAGCCCCAACCAGGAAGACUCUUCAGGCUCCAACGACGACUGUCAGCUCACAGACGACGGGCCUUACCAGCGGGACCCUCCUCCUCCACCUUCCUCUUCCUCCACCUCCUCCACACUGCCAGAGGAGCGCAGGAGGAGCCACGUCCCAGAGGAGUUUGCGGGCCUCCUUCACGGAUCCUCCCCAGCCUGUGAAACCCCCGACACGCCUUACCACCUCUACAGCCCCAAACCCCGCAAAUACACCGGCCCAGAAACCCAUGGGAACUUGCUGCACACCCCCGAGUUCAGCCUUGUGAUUGGCGGAGGAGGACCACCACAGGUCCUUCCCAGGACGGGGAGCGAGUCGGCACCCCCAAAGACCGCCAAAGACCCCCAGAAACCGCAGGUGGUCUACCGGACGAUCUUCCACACCAGGGUCAACCAGGACCAGGCCAGAUCCAAGAACUGUGAGCAGACUGAUCCGCCUCGUGGCUACUCGACUCUUGGUCACCCACCCUCCUCCAGUCAGAACGGGGAGGUUCCAGAGCUGCGGGGAAGCCAGGCGGGGAGUGUGGCCAGAGACGGUGCGUCAGGGUCUGGCUACGAGGAGAGGGCUUGCACCCUGGGGAGGAUGAGGUCCAUGCCCCGAAGUGUGCUGGACCUGCAGCUGUCCAAGUCUCUGUCCAAGUCUGAUUCCAACCUGGUGGCUGUGUCUCCCAUACAGGAGGAGCACAGUUGGGGCUCUGGCUCUCGGGGCCAGGGGCCUGGUAGUCCCAGCCCAGGGGAGGGCACCACUCCAGGGGGACGGCUGGAAAGAACACCGUCCUUCACUGCCGAGUGGGAAGAGAUUGACAAGAUUAUGAGCUCCAUCGGGGCAGGCAUAGGCACCGGGCUGGACAUCAGGGAGGACACGUCAGGUCCCCGCUGCCCGCUGCAGUCCGUGGGCCAGUGGCUUGACUCCAUCGGGCUGGUCCAGUACGAGAACCACCUGCUGGCCAACGGCUUCGACAACGUCCAGUUCCUGGGCAGCAAUGUGGUGGAGGACCAGGACCUGCUGGAAAUUGGUAUCCUCAACUCGGCUCACAGACAGCGCCUCCUGCAGGCCAUACGCCUGCUGCCCCGGGUGCGGCCCAUCGGUUACGAUGGCAACAACCCCACGUCGGUGGCAGAGUGGCUGGAGUCCCUGGAGCUGGGCGACUACACCAAGUCCUUCCUCAUCAACGGCUACACCUCCAUGGAGCUGGUCAAGAAGAUCUGGGAGAUCGAGCUCAUCAAUGUGUUGAAGAUCAGUUUGAUUGGACACAGAAAACGGAUCUUAGCCUCACUGGGGGACCGGCUACACGAAGACACCCCACAGAAACCACCACGGGCCAUCUCCCUAAGGGAGCCCGGUGGGAACCACACUCCUCCCCAGCUCAGCCCGUCGGUGGGCCAGGCGGCAUACACGGCGGGGAUCCCGGGUGGAUCUCUGGACGUGCAGCACCUCAUCAUGCAGGCCGACGCCCGGCGCAGGCAGCGCAGCAAUGACAACUACUUUGAGGACGUGCCGCGAUCCAAGCUGGAGCGACAGAUGGCCCAAGUCAGCAUGCAAGGAGAGUGGUGCGAACCAAUCACGUUGCGCCCUCCCAACGAGGCCACCUCAUCCACGCCGGUGCAGUACUGGCAGCAUCACCCAGAGAAACUCAUCUUUCAGUCCUGUGACUAUGAAGCCUAUUACCUGGGCUCCAUGCUGGUGAAGGAGCUGCGAGGGACGGAGUCCACACAAGACGCCUGUGCCAAGAUGAGGAAGUCGACGGAACAGAUGAAGAAAGUGCCGACCAUCAUACUCUCCGUGUCCUACAAAGGAGUCAAGUUCAUUGAUGCCACAAAUAAGAACAUAAUCGCAGAGCACGAGAUUCGUAACAUUUCGUGUGCGGCUCAGGAUCCGGAAGACUUGUCUACGUUUGCCUACAUCACCAAAGACCUCAAGUCCAGUCACCACUACUGUCAUGUCUUCACUGCCUUCGAUGUGAACCUGGCGUAUGAGAUCAUCCUGACGUUGGGCCAGGCCUUCGAGGUGGCCUACCAGCUGGCCCUGCAGGCCAGGAAGACCGGCCACGGAUCCUCCACGCUGCCCGAGAGCUUCGACAGCAAACCCAGCAAACCGGUCCCUAAACCCCGUGUCAACAUCCGCAAAACUGUCAUCAUGCCCCCCACCAGCCGCUGGUCACUGGGUCACAUUUACACCCCCCACCGGCCUCCUCUCCACCCUCCUCUUCCUCCCCCUCGACUCCUCCAUCUUCCUCACAAAGCUCGGUCACAGAUGGAGCAGCCGUCUAUGGACCAGAAGGGCCACGCCAAUGUGCCGUGGAUUGUGGAGCCGGGUCAGGAGGCCAAGAGAGGAGUCAACACCAAGGCAAUGCCGGACGCUCAUGUCUAUUACUGUGGAAUGCAAAGAAUGUAGCCAGCCCUAAACACGGACCUUAUCACACAUACAAUGCAAAAAGGACUACAAAGGACCCUGUUGCUCAGUUAUCAAAGGACUACACACAUGGACGCUACUCCAGUGUUUAAGGUUGACUACACAAUUUUUGACAUCUAUCAUCCACAUGUGAUGCUUCACACAGCAAUCAUCGGACCAAUAGACUAGUCAAACAGAGAGUUUCUCUGUCUCACACACACACGCACACACACACACACACACACACACACACACACGCACACACACUUAAAGGACUGCAUCUUGACAGACAACGGUCUGCUCUGAAUGUACACUUAUUUGAAAGCAGCCUCAACUCUUCUGCAACCACAGCAGGAUCCACUUUACGUGCCCAACUGGGUGGCAUGACCUUUGAACUCUAAACUUUUGGGAGGUCACGGCAUCUCUACGGAGACUAUGUGCAUGGUUACUGGGCAUCUGUUGGUAACACACAAUGGGUAUCCAGCCUGCUCCCUAAAAGCACCACUGGGCAUGUCUGUGUUGGAAUGGGCAUGGGUUUUGAGGACUUCUGGUUUCCUCUUUUUGGUCUUUAUUUUGUUUUUCUUUAAGGUCAAAAAAUAAAUAAAUAAAUAAAUAACAUGGAGAUAUAUGCACAAGCAAAUAAAUGUGAUCGGACUAGCCACAACAUGCUCAAGAUGCAACAGGUAUGUUCUGUGAUCCCGUCACAGCGGAUGGCGAACCUAUGUGAAUGAAACAGCAUCUGGCAUCAAAAAAAAAUUGUAUUCUAUUCGUAUUGCCCGACAUUUUAAUGUUUAAUAUGAGAGUAUUAUAUUACCAUAAUGAUUAUGAUUAUUCUUGUGCAAUUCUUGUCUACUGUUGUCUUAAUGUUACAUUAUUUUUCUAUGAUAUGCUGAGAUGAACCUUGGGCUUGAGAAUGAUGGCCAUCCUUUAAAAAAAAAAAUAAAAUAAAAUCUGAAAAUACAUGAGAAUAGUUCUAUACAGAUACAGAGAGUGAAUGUUGCAGGUGGCUAGCUAACUCUUGUCAGGUCAACCCUCCAUUGUUUCUCAUGGGGCUCUUAUCUUACUAGCAGAUGUACUAUUUUAAACGCAGUAUUACUGUAUUAUUUGGAUGAGACAUUAUCCAACUAUAAAAUGUACAUAGAUAUUUUGCCAACUCAUUGUUCAUACAUGUAAUGUAGUAAAAGAAAAGGAAAAAGGAUCUGCAGUACAUGGCACUGGAAACAAGGUACCAAAAUAAAGGUUGGAGAUGAAAAACAAAGUGGUAGAUUGUAGAGAUUGUAUUUGGGGUGAAAAGUGGAAGCGGUUAUUUGGUGACAUCACUGCUGACUAACUAAUGUACAUAGGCUUGGGCUUCCAGCACACAGAUUUUUGUAAUUCUGGCCAUUAUUUAUAUCCUUGUAAAGCACAUGGAAUAAACUUGUACAACCAUUA